AUCUUUUCCCUCCUUUCAUCUCCGAGAGAGAGAGAGAGAGAGAGAGAGAGAGAGGCCGUCUUUGGUUUCCGUCAUCGUUUGGAUACCCAGUUCCAAAAGGCCCGAGAGAGAUAGAGAGAGCGCACAUGUGAUUAGAGGAGAGAGAAGGGAGAUAAUGCCGGGUUCAACAACAGCAGUAGUAGCAGGAGCAAUGGAGGGAGUGGAGCCACAGUCUCUGAAGAAACUCAGUCUCAAAUCCCUUAAGAGGGCCCUUGAUGUCUUCUCUCCAGGCCAUAUCGAUCAUGCUCCUCCUGAUCCAGAGAGUCAGCGCAUCAGGAUUAGCUACAAGAUGAAUGCUGAAUAUGGAGCCGUAAAAAACAUACCAACUCCACCAGCACAAGACCAUGGGAAUCCUGCAUCACAAGAUCAAGGUGCUCAGGUUCCCACUUCAUCUAAUGCAGUUGCAGUCCCAGGUCUACCUCCGGCAGGGGAUUUGCAAAAGGAAGGGAGUGAAACUGCUAUAGUAGUUGCUCCUCCUCUACUACCAAAAGCACCAACUGAUGGAGUGUCAAGUAGAAGUGCUACUGCCACUGGGAGUAUAGUAGCACAACCUGGGGCAUCUGAAAGGUAUCAGUCUAGUGCAGCUGUUAUUGAAAGGCUUCCAAGCAAAUGGCCUCGCCCGAUAUGGCGUCCUCCAUGGAGGAACUACAGAGUUCUCAGUGGUCAUUUGGGAUGGGUAAGGUCAGUUGCAUUUGAUCCGAGCAAUGAAUGGUUUUGUACUGGCUCAGCUGAUCGCACAAUUAAGAUAUGGGAUCUAGCCUCCGGAACACUCAAACUCACAUUAACUGGACAUAUUGAACAAAUACGUGGUCUUGCUGUGAGUAGCCGCCAUCCCUACAUGUUCUCUGCUGGUGAUGACAAACAAGUAAAAUGCUGGGAUCUUGAACAAAACAAGGUUGUUCGUUCUUAUCAUGGGCAUCUAAGUGGUGUUUAUUGCUUAUCACUUCAUCCUACUCUUGACAUUUUGUUCACUGGUGGUCGUGAUUCUGUUUGUCGGGUUUGGGAUGUACGUACCAAGACCCAGAUAUUUGCACUCUCUGGGCAUGAGAACACAGUUUGCUCUGUUUUCACUCAAGCUGUGGAUCCACAAGUGGUAACUGGAUCCCAUGAUACAACCAUAAAGUUUUGGGACCUUGUAGCAGGGAAAACAAUGUCAACUCUUACUCAUCACAAGAAAUCGGUUCGAGCAAUUGCAAAACAUCCGAAUGAGCAUAGCUUUGCAUCAGCAUCAGCUGACAACAUAAAGAAAUUCAAGCUCCCUAAAGGAGAGUUCUUGCACAACAUGCUCUCACAACAGAAAACAAUCAUAAACACAAUGGCGAUUAAUGAGGAUGGUGUCAUGGUCACUGGAGGUGAUAAUGGCAGUCUGUGGUUUUGGGACUGGAAUAGUGGCCAUAACUUCCAGCAAGCCCAGACGAUUGUGCAGCCAGGAUCAUUGGACAGUGAAGCUGGCAUUUAUGCUCUUUCUUAUGAUGUUACUGGUUCGAGACUUAUUUCGUGUGAGGCAGACAAGACUAUUAAGUUGUGGAAAGAAGAUGAGAGAGCCACACCAGAGACCCAUCCACUUAACUUCAAGCCACCCAAAGAAUUCCGGAGAUAUUAAGAGGAAAAAGAAUCCACUAGUGAUGACCAUGUAUCCUGUAACAUUUCGAUGAUUAUUGUUCAAGGAUGCCAUUUGCCUAUGUUUGAUUUGGGGUGCCAUUUAAGAGUCUGCUGAUUAAGAUGGAGAGCUUCACGCAAAAGAAUUUAGGCACCCGCCUCAAUAAAUUGCUCUAUUUGAAGGUUGUAAAUUAAUUGCGUAUUUUUAUGUGAGAAAUAACCGAAAGGGGGACUACAUUUUUUAUGGUAAUAUAGAAGUAGCUUAAUUAUAAAGUC